AUGUCUAGCGCGCAACAACAACAGAGUCGAAGGCCUACAAUCUAUCAAGUUGUCCGUCUGUUAUUUGCCAUAGUCACCUUUGCGACUGGUUGUUUGAGCAUUGUUUUCUCGCAAUUGCUGGUGAAUGUGACGUUAGGUGGCGAUGAGGGAUUACGGACGAGGUGGAUCGGUUUCACGAAGCGCAAUUUUGUCAUUUUGAUCACUUUCAUCACAAGUCUUACAUGCCCAACCGAUCUCGAAUUGUCAUUUGAUUCCGAUACAGUCUCGUCUAGCGAGGAUGUGGCCAAUGCCGAGCGGUCCUUGCUGAAACUAAACAGUAGCGCAAUUCUGAUUGCCAAUCAUCAACUAUACACAGACUGGGUUUUCCUAUGGUUUGUCUCGUAUUUGAAUGAAUGCGCUGAGAACUUUUACAUCAUUAUGAAGAAAUCGCUGGAAAGGAUACCAAUUCUGGGGUAUGGCAUGAAGAAUUAUGAUUUCAUUUUUCUCAAUCGUAAAUGGGACCUAGACAAGUCAUAUAUGAUUGAAAAGUUUGCGCAUCUAAGUUCUGUCAAGAAACAUUGGCUGCUUAUUUUCCCAGAAGGUACGAAUCUGAGUCCCAACACCAAACCAAGGUCAGAUGAUUUCAUGGCAAGUCAGCAGCUCGAUUUCAAGCUAGACCAUGUGUUAUUGCCCCGCGUUAAAGGUCUGUACCUAGCAUGUAAACACAUGUACAAGAAGACAGGCCUUAUUCUUGAUUUCACAAUGGCUUACAGCGACCAUCUUGCGACAGAAUAUGCUCAGGACUCUUUUACUUUGCGCUCAAUCUAUCUGCUCGGGAAGGGACCGAAGACAUUAAGUAUGUUUGUCAGAGCAAUUGAUAUAAGGUCUAUUGACGGAUGCACUUUCAGUGAGGAUGCAAACGAGGAGGAGGAAGAAGAAGAUAUGAGAAAAUUUGAACUUUGGCUUAACAAACUUUGGGUGCAGAAGGACAAAAUGAUGGAUAACUAUUACAAAACAGGUCAUUUGGUAGAGGGAGUGAAAUCAACCAAAAUACCCUUAAAACUUCGGAAUAGGCUUGAGAUCUUGAAUGUGUACGUCAUACCCGUCGUGUUCUUUGUUCUGACCUGGCUCGCAUGUCGUUUGAUUGCUACGCUUUUACUCUAA